UCUCUCUGUUUUGGCGCUUGGCGCUGCGCUGCAUUGCAUUCAACGGGGAUCCAGAAUACGUUUCGUUUCAUGUCGUUUCGCGUCUUCAACUUGUAUUCUAGCCAAGACAAAUAUUUACGCAAGUGCUAAAGUCCGUGGUAGUCGCGUAGCGUUUUUUUGAAAGUGUGUGUGUUGGCCGUGUUUGUAAGCCGGUGGACAAGGGGGCUAAAGUUCGAGUGGAGUCCGAAUCGAGUUGCAAUCGCAAUUGCAAUUGCAAUUGAAAGCGACACAUAUUUUGCGGUUUUGCUAAUUUGCUGGACAGCACCGAUCUUUUAUUCUAAAUAAUUUGCAAGCAGUGCAGUCUGUGGACUGCUUUGAUCUGCCGGAUCCUCUGAGACAGGUGCGCAAAGUCUCCAAACUCUCCGAAAGCUCUCUCGCUCCGAACGUGUGCGAAAUGCUGCCCAGAGCAGCAGAGACGGCGGCAGCAGCAGCAGCAGCAGCAGCAGCGACGAAUGCAAAUGCAAAUGCCACUUGCGCAGCCGAAACGGCGCUCGUGUUCGGGCUCGUGCUCGUGCUCGUGUGAGAGUGGAGAGUGGGCAGGUCGGUCGGCUUGUCGGCUAGUCGGCUGGUCGGCUGGUCGGCUGGCGCCGCGAGUGGAGUCUGUUUUUGUCGCUUGAUUCGUACGGUUCGUGUCCGCUCUGCUGCCUCGCAAGCAAACAUUUUUUUCUUGCGCGGAGUGCCCUGCGCGCAUGCGUCGCGUUCGAAGCUGUGUGAUUGUCGAAAAGUAAACGCCACCAGUCAAAUGUGUCUCUAAAAAAUAAACCCCCCAAAGGAGCCAAAGAACCACAAAAAUUUCCAGAUCAAAAAGUGUGCGCAAAGAAAAGAACAACAAAAAAAACACGCAAAACUUCCAAGUUCUUUUUUUUUUUAAGUUCAAUGCGAAUACGGGUUUCGUUCUUAUCGCGCAUUCGACGGCUAUCGAGUUCGAGUUCGCGUCUUGUCUGGCUCUUUCGUUCCCUCCGCUUGCCUCUUUUUUUUAUGCCUUUUUUUUCCACCAUGCCUGUGCUCUUCUGACCAUUAAAAGUGACGCUCUCCUCGCCCCGUAAUGGACCUUUGAAACAGACACACACACAAACGCACUCCUCCGCCGCCGCCGCCGCCUCCUCCUCCACCCGGCCCGCCCCAGAGGCCUCCGCUUCGACGUUGCGUUUCGCGUUAUUUUUAGACGAUAAAAAAGAUUGGAAAAAGCAAAGCCCAAACCCCCCCCGCCCCACCGCCGCAGGAGGAGAAGAACAGAAACAGAAACAGCAACAGAAACAGCCACGAAAUGGGCACCAAAUCACCCGGUGGUCCACAGCGUUGUCGUCUGAUCUUGCAACGCUGCCUGGCCAUACAGCUGACCAAGCCGGGGCACACGGCCCCCGAGGACUUUUGGAUGUACGACUCGGGAUAUAUGAUAUUUCAGAACUUCCUGGCGGCCAAUGCCCAGUGCUGGUGGAACGGACCUCUGACGGCGGCGACACGUGCCCUCAAAUACGCCGGACAUGUGGCACCCGGAAUGCUGCUGGUCACCGCCGAGCCCUGCGCCCUGGAGGUGCUGCGCGGCGCCUUUGCGCGGAGCGUCCUCAAGCCGCCGGCCACUUAUAUGAUCAGCUCUGUGGGCGACAUUGACGAUUGCAUUGUGACGCCAACGGUUCAGGGACAGUUCACGCCGCUGCCGGAGGCGCUCUGCGACGUGAUCAUGGACCUCACCGCCGAGGGACAGUCGGCCACCGUGGAGCAUGUGCGCGGCAAGCUGGGCGCCCGCUUCCCCCACAUGACGACCCCCGCCACGGAGGUGAUCUACGACACGCUGGCCCAGCUGAUGCAGGAGCAGAAGAUCUACCAGACGUCGAAGGGAUACUUUAUCUUUACGCCAGAACGACGCCGCAGUCGGUCGCGACCGCGAAGCAAUCACCAUCAGAUGAACGGGGGCCUGGCCUACGCCCAGCUGGAGGAGGAGGAGCAGCAGCACAGCGACGAUGUGGUGCCCCAAGAGGCACGCACCAUGCUCAUGUCCAACUCGGAGGCCCUGCACUCGCUGUACGGCGAGAUAUCCACGGAGCGGGACGGCGACCUCACCCACCAGUGCAUCCAAACGAAUCUGGCGGAUGUGAUCUGCGGAGGCAACCCCAACGACAAGAUCAUUUACCCAAGGGCGGCCAAGCGACGCAGCGCCUCGUUUCCGACGCCACGCAGCUUGGAGCGGCGGCACAGUUUGCGGCUCUUUGGAUCAUCGAAGCGCCUGCAACGCUGCGCCUCCACCCGGAGUCUGUCCAAGACGUACGCCCAGACGCUGAACACCACGGACAGCAGCAGCUCGGAAUACCAAAGCACAGAUUCGUCAUCACCCAAAAAAGGAUCUUUGCUCUCACGCCUGUUCCGACGCAGUGGCAGAGCCAAGCAGCGCCAGAUCGAGACAUAUUCCGCACAGUUCCCGCCCGCAGAGUGGUUCAACACGCGAGCCGUCCAUCUGCACAGCGUGGGCACCCAAACGGCCGAGCAUGACAUGCCUGUGGCCCACACCCUCUCCAAUUCGACCUUCUACGACGGCUCGGAGCUGAGCCAGCGCUCGUCGACGCUGCCGCGUCGCCACCGCCGUCACAUGUCCAGCGAAUCGACCUUCUUGAUAUCCUCGCGCGACUGCUCGCCCAUCCGACGCCGUUCGCCGGUCUACUGCAGCGGCUCGCUACCUCGCUCCACGCAGUCCAUACCAGCCACCACAGUCACGACGACAGCCGCCAAGAUGAACCACUCCUCGGCCACGCUCUCGCGCCUGGGCCACCCGAUGGGGCAAGGGCACGGGCACGGACAGGGGCACGGGCAGGGGCAAACGCCCCCAAAGACAGCACAAAAGUCGGUGAUUGGGAAGCACAUCUUUGAGAGCUCGCCCUCGCGCUCCGCCACACUGAAGGCGGCGGCGGCCAAGCGCCAGACGGACGGACUGAUCAUCAACAGCUGCACGGACAACAAGGCCACGUACAGGAGCCUGCAGAGCAGCGGCCCCUCCAGCCUGGAGUCGUGCAAGACGUCCUCGAUGUUCGCGAGCGGCCCCUCGAGCAUCGACAGCAUCGGCAAGGUCUCGUUCAGCCAGAAGACCAGCGGCCAUUCUAGUCUCGAUUCGCAGUGUUCCACCAACACCGCCGUGGUGGCGCCCCCUUCAACGGGCAGCAGUGGCAUCGGCGGCGGCGGCGGCAGUGGCAGCAGUGGCGGCAGCACGCGUUCCAUUCUGCUGCUGAACGGUUCGCCGCGGGGCACGCCGCGUCACCAGGCGAUGCGGGCCCGCGUGGCCGAGGCCCAGGCCCAGAGGCAGAGGGCCAGCACACCGAAUCGCAUCCUGGAGGAGCUCAGCUACCCCCACACCCACACGCACACCCACAACGGAGUGCCCAACUCGAGCAGCAACAACUCGAUCACGCUGCAGGUCACGACCACGUCGAGCGGGGGCGGCCAGAGCAUACCCAGCACCAAGAUCUUUGUGCAGAACUCGCCGGUGAGGAGCGUGAUCACCCUGGAGAACGGCAAGAUGCUGGAGAACUCGAAUGUGUUCAUCAUCAACAACGAAACGAUGACGAACGAGCGGGGGGAGAUCAUCAAGAAGACCCUCUCCAAGCAGACCUCGUCCCCAGCUGCAGCGGCCGCUCCGGCGUCUGCUCCAGCGGCCACCUCCACGCCAGUCCGCCAGACAGCAGCCCAACAACAACAGCAGCAGCAGCAGCAGCAGCAGCAGCAGGAGUCUGUGUCCAACGAGCAGACCCUCAGCGAAACGGAGGCCAACUCGGAGACCUGUGACUCCAUUUCGUUCAUCAGCGAGAGCUGCUCGCCGGACAACACGUGCCCCGUCGACAUGCCAGAGAUCCCGGAGAUCCCGAUCUACGACGGCGGCAAGUACGCCAAGAACACCAACAAUGAUGCCACAAUGAACAACAGCCGGAAGCUCUGCCUCCAGCUGGCGAACGGGAUUGCCUACAAGAACAAUGUCCUGAAGAACGAGUCGCAGCCGAACUCGCCCAGUGCCGAGCAGCAGCAGCCCCUGAAGCUGGCGGCCCUGGCCAAGCAGGACUUCGAGAUCGCCGGGUCCGUGGGCAAUCUGCACUUUUACGAGAAGAGCUCCAAGGAUCUGGGCCCGGCGCAGAGCAACCACAAUCUGAUGAUGAACAGCAGCUCCGAUCUGAAGCACCUCUGCUACGAGUCCGUCUGCCAGCUGCAGAAGGGUUCGAUGAACGGCGACGAGAUGGCGCUGGCCCACCUGCUGCGCAAGUCGAACAAUCCGAAUCCGGUGGGUAGCGAGCCCAAUCUGGCGCAGAAGGAUCUGGCCAACGACAAGGCCAUGGACAAGGAGGGCAUCGACCGGCGUCUCAGCCUGACCAAGGAGUCCCUGGAGCAGGGCAUGGGCAUGGGCAUGGGAAUGGGCAUGGGCAGUGUCUUGGCUGGCGGCAACGAGGAGCUCUACAACUUUCCCAGCCUCACCGACCUGUCGUUCAACUUUACGUCGCUGGCGGCACGCAAGAUCCUGCAGGGCGUCAGCCUCAACAGCAUCGACACCCUGGUGGAGCUGAACAUGGCAGCGGCGGCGGCGGCGGCAGCGGCAGCCGCGAACAAUUCAAAGGAGAAGCAGCAAAACAACCAAACAGCGGCGGCCGCAACGGCAGCUUCAGUCUGCACCGACUUCGGGAUGGUCUAGAUGGGAUGGGCCCCACGGCAGGGCAGAGCAGCCUCUUAGUAUAAUCAAACGAAAAAUCUUAGCAUCUACGAGAUAGUAGGGAUAGGAGGAUAGGGAGAUAUCUCUGCACUUGGCAUUUGGCAUUUGGCAACUUUGUGUAAUUUAUUACGAUUGAUUUCCCCAUUUGAUAGCAGCAAUUUGUAAUGUAUGUGUUUUUUUUUUUUUUGUAGGGUUUUAUCGGAUGCAACUUUUAUUUACAGUGCCAAAAUACGUUUAGUUUAAUUUUAAUUCGCAUUAUUUCGUACUGCAUAUUCAUGCAUGCAUGGAAGGACCGCCAAGCGGCUUCGGGGAGGCCCGAUUCGUUAUGUAAAGAUAUAUAGUACGCGUACAUACAAAUAUUUAUGUAUGUACGUACAGCAAAUAUUACGUUCGAUGCUUUACGUUUUUUUUUUUUUUUUACAUUUAUUCAAUGCAAUUGUUUAUAAAUACUAACAACGCCCCAAAUGCUAUCCUAUCUAUACAUAUUAUACGAUAUAACGUACAUACAUAUACACACACACACAGACACACACACGCAUACACAAAA